UGGUGCAGAUUAUUUUUUGCGUACUACAUUUUUAUUAUGCUUCUUUUGUAACACAAAUACCAUAUUAUAUUUUUGGCAUUGAAAUAGUUGCAGCGAUAGCAUGUAUUCUGGAUAUGAUUUUGCAGUGUCAUUCUUAUAAAAAGUCUCAGGAAAAAUCAGACAGCACAUCAACAAUUUUAGAUGCAAAAUUAAGCAAUUGGAAGUUUUAUUUCGACAUAUUGUCCCUACUACCCAUGGAAAUUUGGGCACAUACUUUCGAAAAUAUUGCAGCGUCAAACAGAUUUUAUGGUUUGUUGAAAGUUAAUCGCUUACUGAGAUUAUAUAGAGUAACUCAUGUGGUCUACAUUAUGAUGGGCCCAAAUUAUCCAAAGCUGGUAUAUCGAAUCUCAGUUACUUCAUUGUUGAUGAUUUUGGCAAUAUUCUUUGUAAGCUGUGCAUUGUAUGUCACCUCAUGCUUUUAUAUUUUAUGUGAAGACACUGGAUGGUAUUUCUUGUCAUCAAAAGAGACCUACCCAGAUAAUCAAAACCCUAAACAUGCACUUUCAAACUCGGUUUAUUUUACAGUGAGUUCUGCGUUUCAUACUGGCGUCGGGGAUUUUUUACCCAAAAACUCAACAGACUUUUUGUUAGUGGCAGCAAUUUUGGUGAUAUUUUUAGUUUUGAAAACUUAUUUAUCAGGACAAUUUAUAUCUCUUAUAUUUUUAUAUGAAUUAUGUAGCGGUUCGUUAAAUACAAGAUACUAUUUAAAAAGUUUUUUAGAGUUUUAUCGUAUCUCAAAACCGUUCAAAAGGAAGAUUAUUAAUUAUUUGAAGAUAAAUCCCAAUUUUUUGCAAGAAACCAGCUCACUGUUCAUUCGCAAACAUGCUCCUGCCAACGUAGAUACCUUGAUACACAUAUCGGGAACAAGGAAUAUAGACGAAGGACCAUUAUUUAAAGACGUAGAUAGCUAUUUUCUUGCUCUGAUAGAAAAAGAUGCCAAGAUGUGGUUAUUACCAAAAAACGAAACUCUAUACAUCCGAGGUGAUCCUACUAGAAUCAUGUACAUAAUAAGUGAAGGUUUCUGUAAACUAUACAACUCAGAGAACAAUCCGGAAAAAUCCGUUGGUCCAGGAUCAUAUUUAGGUUACUUAGAGGCCCUCUACUGCAUUCCUAAGAAAUACACAGUUAUGUCUACUACAGACUGCAGAUUGAUUUGCUUAGAAUAUCCCGUAAUGGAGAAAAUUUUUAAAUUGUUUCCCAAAGAACUGGAUUUUCUGGAGAGAACAAAAUAUCGCGAGGAGCUCGUGGAGGAAAUUCGAAAAUUUGAAGGGGUUGAAAGUGAAUUGCCAUUUAUUAGCCAAGUUAUAACACAGGACGAAGAAGCCUUUGUUAACAUAAACAAACUAGACUAUUUCAAACUCUACAAGACUAAACUGGGGCCUCUCUGGUUUAUCAGUUUCCUCUUUUUGCCAGCUGCAAUACACCCGGAAGGACUAUUUAUAAGAGUAUGGUGCGUCUUAAGAGCUUUCUUAAUCACGAUCCAAGGAAUAGUGUUAAUAUUAUUAAUCAUGCUGCCCCCGUUUGCUAGCGAGAUGAGCUGGCUUGAUUUCACUUGUCAGCUGUCGUUGUACCUGGAUAUGUAUUUAGGUCUUCACAUCGGAUAUUAUGAUGGUAAAGGAAUGUUGAGAGUACAUCCUGUAUAUACAGCAUGGCACUAUUUCACUCAUGGAUUUUUACUCGACUUUAUCGCAGCAAUUUCGUGGUCGUUUUUCAUGUUUCACGCUGGAGAUGAAGACGUUGACAAAAUAUUUUUCCAUUCCACCCACUGCUUCUGGAAUCUACUGAAACUUGUCCAGUUUAUCAAAGUAUACAAAUGUCUUUCCUAUUUUCAAAACCGCACCUUUGAGUCGUUUGUAUCUAUAAGGAUUUUGAAGAGUCUUUUGUUUAUUAUUAUUGUUGCAAACAUUUUGACUAGUCUUGCGGUUAACUGUUUUUGCCAAUUUGCUACAGUAAGUAAUUUUACCAAAAAUUUGUCAGUUAAUGAUGAGACUGGAAGCAGAAUUAAUGUGAUACGUUGUAAAGAUGAAUUUUUUCAAGACACUUGGAUGCCAAAAUUUCCAGAUAUGAAUGAAAUCUAUACGGCAGGUAUGUAUGCCACCUUAAGCUUACUAACCAAUACUGGUAUUGGUGACAUCACCGCAACAACAACUGCUACAAAAAUUGCAACAGUAUUAAUAAUUAUACUGGGAUAUUUUAUUUUUGCGUUGCUGACUGUGACAGUAUGUUCAAUAAUGCUGGCUGAAGCUGAAGAAUCAUUCGAAUUUCGACAAAAUUCACUUGAGAUGUUAAAAUUCUUAAAGAGGAACCAAAUACCUCUUACACUGAGAAAACAGAUCAUGACCCAUCUUGAGCUAGUAUGGACACGUUCUCAAGGCUUCAACAUUAAGUCGCAAGAACUUCUUUCUUCGGGCAGUUACUUUAAUGCCGAAUUCUUGAUGCACAGAAACGAAGUGCUUCUGAAAACAAUUCCUUUAUUCCCUAAUCUAAAUGAGAAUUACUUAAACAUUUUGCUCAGCCAGAUGAAAAUUUUGUAUUUCCAAAAAGAAGACUCCAUCAUCAGAUAUAAAGACGUAAUUUCCGACAUAUACAUCGUAGCUUCUGGCCAAGUAGAUAUAUGUUACAAAAACGGAGAAAGCCUGCUUACUCUAGGCCCCGCUGGAGUAUUUGGCAACAUUGGAAAACAUUCCAAUAGUUCCAGUACAGUCUGUGUGAAAGCUCGAAAAAACGUAGAGAUAUGGGCUCUAGAUACAGAAACCUUUUCCAAUACCGUUAGUUGUUAUCCUAUUGUAUUGAAAGACCUGGAAGGAUAUUUUAAGGACCCUCCUAAUUAUUUGGUUGCUAAAAGUGCUAGCCAGUUUGAUUUUUUUGAUUCUUCAAAAGAAUUGGAUGAUCUAGAGUCAGACACUGAAUCAACGAUAAAAACUGAGGAUACAACAAUCACAGAUAAAUGUGCUGCAGAUUUCUUUCGGCCAGACAAAUGGUUCAAAUUUUCGCUUGAUCCCUACCACAUUUUGUUUAAGGUAGUAGAUAUAUUAACAUUGUUAGCAAGUUUACUGAACAUUUACUUCAUACCCUACGUAUUUGUCACUCAAGACAGUUCCACAUUUGGAUUCCUUCCCCUAUGCUUAGAGCCGAUAUUUUACUUGAGGGUACUCAUCAAGUUACAUAAAGCGUAUGUGAAUACCUACGGAAGCACCAUCAAUGUAAAUUCAAUAAUAUGGAAGAAAUAUCUGAACAAUCCUGGAGAAAUAUUUUGGGAUCUGGUACCUAACUUGCCUCUAGGCUUGUUAUGCUUCAUUUUUCAUAGAGAAGAAUGGUUUUUCUUCUAUAGCUGUUUUAGGAUAUUGCACAUUUUACGGUUUUAUUAUGUUGUUAAAUAUUUUGAUCAGAAGUUGAAAAAAUUGCACCCAAAUGCGUGGUACUACCUAGCUAGACUACUUAUUUGCUACGGUUCCUUGAUUCAUAUUUUAAGCUGCAUAUGGUUCAUGCUGGCUUGUCCUUUUUUGAAAUGUUCCUCCGAUUCAUGGCUAAAGCAUUAUGGCAAUGCCAUUUUACAUAGCAGCACAUCUUAUAAGCUUCUGUUGUCUUACUACUGCGUUUUGAAUAAUUUAACCAUAACAGGAAUUGGUGAUAAGUAUCCGGUAACUUAUUCGGAAGUUAUUUUCACCAUAAUCACAAUGCUUCUAGGAAAAAUUGCUGUUGCAAUGAUUAUAGGAACAAUAUUAAAAAUUAUAUACCUAUCAGAAAAGCAUAUCAUAGAUUUUAAUAUGAAGUAUAUAUCGCUGAAGAGUCAUCUCCAGUCUAAGGGAAUCUCAGAUUACCCCCUAACGAAAGCUGAUCAGUAUUUGAAAAAUUGGUGGAUGUAUUCAGAUACAUUACUAAAGUCUAAGCUAUUAACAAAUAUGCCAUACUCUAUUCAACAAGAUCUAACCAGUGCCCUAUAUGAGACGCAAAUACGAAAAACAUACAUAUUUAAGGACAUUGACCAAAAUCUCUUACGUCAAAUAUGCACCAAAUUACAGAAAACCCUGUAUUUCAAAAAUGACUAUAUCGUAAAAUCAGGCGAAGUAAAUUCAACGAUGUACUUCAUAGAAAAAGGUACCAUUUGCGUUCUGACAAAACAGGUCGAUCACUUGGAAACAACACACGCCGUUCUUCACCCCAGAGAUGUUUUUGGAGUGUCUCAAGGAUUGAACCUUGAAGAGUAUCAUCAUUUUUGCUACAGAGUCAGUAGCUUAGUGGUUGAGUUGCUGGAAUUGAAGUUCGAUGAUUGGGAGUAUUUGCUUGAAUUUUUCCCAAGAGAUAAAAAGCAGAUUUUUGGCAAGCAUACUAAGGAAUAUUACUAAGUGUAAUUACUCAUUUAAUUAGUUAAAAAAUAUUUACAUUCCAUUAAACUAGUUUUCUUUCUUAAUAUAUUUAUUGUAAAUAACCUUCUAUAAAGACACUCUAAUAAAACUCUACUAAUUCGAU